GAUAGCCCAACAUAGGGCUCAAUUCUAGGACUCUGGGAUCGAUCUGACUGAAGGGAGACCCAGUAGCCCUAGAGAUAUCCUUGAUAGACUUUUGUGUCAACAAAACAUUACUUACCAUAGAAUUAUUCCAAAAUUACACUAGAAAUAUCCAUAGAGGUAGAAGUGUAAAAACAGACUAAAAUAUUAAUAAUGUUCACUUCUGAAUGGCCUUAAUAGGAAUAUAUUUUUACCUCCAGUUAUUUUUGCCUUCAGUUAGUCAGCAAAUACUGUGCCAGGCACAAAUCCAGAUGCUAGGAGUAGGGCAGUGAAAACGCUGACCUCACGGAGUUUAUAGCCCAGUAUUGGGGGACAAAUAUUACACAAGUAUCUCAGGUAGUGAUAAAAGAGAAAAAUAAGGUAGGGCAGAAGCAUGGCGGGAAGCUGUUCACAUAGCUUAGGGAAAGCCAGUUGGAGGGAGCGACAUUUGAGCAGAUCGAGGGUGCUAGUUUUGUGGAUACAGAUAAAUUUUCCGUACUUAAUUCCGUACUUGCAUAAUCAAAUCAAAAGACACCGCUUUUUAUUUCAGGAAAUAUGUAUUUCCUGAAAUACAGAUAUAUAUAGCCUUAUAUAUAUCUAUAUAUAUAGGUGUAAAUAAGAUAGCCUUAUAUAGAAAUACAGCCUUAGAUCUCCAGGUAGAGAAGAGUGUGGGAGCAGGUACAAAUGCAUGGGAAGGAGAACCCAGAGCUCCCCCAACGCCCCGCAGACGAAGCUGCUGGCGGGCGACCGGGGGGCUCCCCGGGAUCAGGGUGACCGCGUGCGGCGUACUGCCACAACACCCCCGCCGAAGCUCGGGUGCGAAGAUCGCCGCAGGAGGCUCCGCGUCCCUCGGGGGACUGCAUUUCCCAAGAAGCUCCACGCCCCGCUAGGCGCGGCUAACGACUUCGGCGAGGACGGGACCCAAGAGGCUGGAAAGAAGUACCCCGGAUCCGAGACGCGCGCAUUCAACUCGUGGCUGGGCCAGAUGCCGUUUCGGCCCACCAGACCAGCCAUGGCUUUCCCUUUUCGCCUUUCACCGACCGGGGUACGGUAGAGAAAUAGGAAAAAACGAGUUUAGCUGAUCUCAGCUCGGGGGCAUUAGGUGGGCGCUGCUACCUCCUGAUUGGCCAACUCUGGGAAUUCUCCUCGUUCAUUGGCUAUCCGUCAGGAAGAAGGCGGACUCAAUGGGUGAAGGGCUUUUGGGGGCGUGUAGUUUCGAGUGCUUCUUGCGGGCGCAUUUUCCGGCGAGCCUCGCGCGAACUUCCGGCGCAAGAACCUGGAGACGGAACUAAGAACCCUUGGACAUUUGUGGGCGGUGUGUAUCCUGGGGGCGGGCCCGGAGACGCGGGCUGCGCGGCUCCGAGGUCGAGCGCAGGGCUACGGGUAGCAGGGGCCGGCGCCCUGAGACAGAGGCCGAAGGGGGCGCGCCUGCUAGGAAGCGCCGGGGGUGGGGUCGCCUGCGCCCGUCUAGCCCGCCCGUCGCCUCUCAGCUGCGCGCUGGCGAGGUUGCUGGGGUCGGAGCGCCGGGCUCCGGCCGGUCCACGUUCCCGCCCGCCGCGUCCUGCCGAGCGACCCUGGUGAGUCCCGGGCCCUCUCCGAGCGCAGCCUUCUCCUCGGUCACUGGAGGAUGAGAAUGGAGCGCGUACUUUUCAGGGGUGUUGUGAGGAGUAGGAGAAUAAAGUAAAUAAAGUGUUUAGUGUGUAGUAGAGAAGGACUGGAAACAAGCUGGGUGCCUCUCUUGGGUAAGAACCUGGAGCGCAUUCACACUUUGGAAUCUCCCAGAGCGGCUGAUGAAGAAGCAUUGUUAGGUGGGAAAAGCAAGAUACAAAAUAGUACGUGCAGUAAGACCUCGUUUCUGUAAGAACACAAAACCACUUGGUUUUCCCCGUUCCUAUGGAUACAUUUCCAGUAAAUGGACAGGGAAAAGUCCAGGAGGUCACAUGUCAUACUGUUAAUGGGAGGGGGGUGCAACUGCCUUUGGAAGGGAGCUCCUAUUUUAUGUUUCUGUGUUGUUGAAAUCCCCCGCAUUUUAUUAUAACACUUUGUGUCACUUUUUGUUGUUGUUUGUUGAAACAAAAGAGCAAUUGAGGAAAAUUUCAAAACACAUACUUUUCAGGGCUAUUGUAAGAAGUAUGGAAGGUAUAAAUAUGUGUCAUUCAUUCGUAUGUACCUGUGGAUAAAUAGCUUAGCCUGGUGUCUGUGAGCUCUUUGCCGACACCCCAGGGCCAAGAUGUCUUGGAAUUCAGAAGUUUUCAGAUUCGAGGAAGGUAAUCUAGCACAGAUGGUAUAUCAAGCAACCCCACCAGAGGAACCUACAGCAAUACUCAGUCAUCCAAUGUGAGACAGAAACACAUGGAGUACCUGUCCAGAUGCCCACCCGGCUGCCACAGGGGAUCCCUCUGGGAGACUGAAGGGCAGGCUCCCAGGCCCAGGUUGAGGCCAGCCAGUCCUGAGCUUUAGACCAGAGGAAUGGCAGCACCCCCAGAGCCUCAGGAUGAGGCCCCUGGGGAGGGAGAGGGGCUGCUGAUCGUCAAGGUGGAAGAUUCCUCCUGGGAGCAGGACUCUGCCCAGCAAGAAGAUAGCAGGGAUUCCGAGGCCUGUCGCCAGCGCUUUCGGCACUUUUGCUAUAGGGAAUGUGGGAGGGCCCAUGAGGCCUUCAGCCAGCUCUGGGAGCUCUGCUGCCGCUGGCUGCGGCCAGAGCUGCGCACCAAGGAGCAGAUUUUGGAGCUGCUGGUACUGGAGCAGUUCCUGAGUGUGCUGCCCGGAGGCGUCCAGGGCUGGGUCCGAGAUCGGUGUCCAGGGAGUGGAGAGGAGGCCGUUGCCUUGGUGGAGGUCCUGCAGAAGCAGCCAGUGAAAGCAUGGCCGCAGGAAGUGCCCUCAGAGGAGGUGGAACCCGAGGCUACAGUCCAGGGACCCCAGGCCAGGGGGCUUCGCAUGAAGGUGGGGGCGCGAAGCUGGCCUCCUGCACCUCGGGAGCAGCACAGCUGUGGUGCCCAGCUUCCCGCUCUUAAAGAAGGGAGAACCAGAGAGACAGCCGACACCUGCUUUGCCUCUGAGGCUCACGGACCUGUGACAUUUGGAGACAUUCCCUUCUAUUUCUCCCGGGAAGAAUGGGGCUCUCUGGACCCUGCUCAGAGGGAACUCUUUUGGGACAUAAAGCGAGAGAACUCCCGGAAUGUUGCCCUGGGUUUGGGGCUCCGGAGCCACAGGGAGCAACCCGGGCUGGAGGAGUCAGUGAUGGCACCGGGGGGCCAGGCCGGAGACGGUGGCCGUGGCACCGGCCAUGGCGACGUGACUGCGUCCUGGAGCCCCAAGGAAGCCGAGGCUUGGGAGGGCGAGGCCCGGCCAGGGGCGCCCCUGGGCCGCGCGGUGGGGGCGCGCAGGGGGCGGCCACCCGCGCGGCGGCGGCAGCUGCGGGACCUGGCGGCCGAGAAGCCGCACAGCUGCGGCCAGUGCGGCAAGCGCUUCCGCUGGGGCUCGGACCUGGCGCGCCACCAGCGCACACACACCGGCGAGAAGCCGCACAAGUGCCAGGCGUGUGAGAAGAGCUUCCGCAGCUCGUCGGACCUGCUGCGCCACCAGGGCGUGCACACGGGCCAGAAGCCCUUCUCCUGCUCUCAGUGCGGCAAGAGUUUCAGCCGCAGCGCCUACCUGGCCGACCACCAGCGCAUCCACACGGGGGAGAAGCCCUUCGGCUGCAGCGAGUGCGGCAAGAGCUUCUCACUGCGCUCCUACCUGCUGGACCACCGGCGCGUGCACACCGGCGAGCGGCCCUUCGGCUGCGGCGAGUGUGACAAGAGCUUCAAAAGGCGCGCCCACCUCAUCGCCCACCAGAGCCUGCACGCCAAGAUGGCCCAGCCUGUGGGUUGAGGGCUGGCUUGGGCCGGCGCGGGGCGGGUCUCCUGAGGGUGAACAGGCACUGAAGGCCUCCUGGGCUUCACCCUCCCUCUGUGGCCUCCAUCUGGGCUGCCUGCCCUGCCCUAGGGCCUGCCCCCCCCCCCCCCC